AUGGACGUCCAAAUACACGAAAUCUGUCCACAAUUUAGUAGUGGGAUUCUGCAGGAGAUCCGCGUGGCAAGUGCAACAGAUACGGAGCUUAAAGAAUUAAAUGAUGUGGUUUACAAUGGAUGGCCAACGAACAUAAAGCAGGUUCCAGAAAUCCUCAAACCCUAUUGGACCUUUCGUGAUGAGAUCACCACCGAAGAUGGUAUAGCAAUGAAAGGCCAACGUAUUAUCAUCCCCCAUAUUAUGCAGAGCAUGAUACUUACGAAGCUUCACGCAGGUCAUCAAGGGUCCGAAAAAACUAAAUUAAGAGCUCGAACAUCGGUUUACUGGAGAGGAAUGAACAGUGACAUUGAGAAGUCGUGCAAAUCGUGCAAUACAUGUCAAGAAAUGCAGAACAGUCAACCCAAAGAGCCACUUAUCCAGACAGAGGUACCGCCAGGUCCAUGGCAUACCAUCGGCACGGACUUAUUCUACCUAGACGGAGCGGAAUACUUAUUGGUCGCUGACUACUACUCAAAAUACCAGUUCGUGCGAGAGGUACCAAAAGGGAAGAGCAGCAGUAGGACAAUCGCGAAUUUAACGAAAGAAAUUUUCAGCGAACAAGGAGUACCCAAAAUCGUAAGAUCCGAUAAUGGGCCCCAUUUUGAAGGACAAGCAUAUAAAGAGUUCGCAAAGCAAUAUAAUUUCCAACAUACCACAAGCUCACCACACUACCCCAGAAGCAAUGGGUUUAUUGAGAGCCAAGUCAAGACUACGAAAAAGACAAUGAAAAAAGCAAGAGCAACCAAUACAGACCCACGCAUGGCUUUGUUAUGCUUACGGGCAACUCCAAUCAACAGCACUCUUCCAUCCCCAGCUGAGCUCUUAUUUGGUAGACCAAUCCAAGACAACCUGCCAAAGAAAAUACCGAAAGGAAAAACAACUGAGGAGGUGACUAGCAGAUUAUUACAGCGGCAAGCUACGCAGAAAUACUACCAUGACAGAAAUACAAAACCGCUCCAACCAUUAAAACCUGGUCAAAGCAUAAACAUCCAAGACCCAAGGACACAAACCUGGAAACCCGCAGAGAUAAAAGAGAAAAUUCAAGAAGUACCCCGAUCUUACAUUAUCACGAAACCAGGAGGAGGAGAAAUCAGACGAAAUUGA